AUGCAGUCAUCGCAUCCGGCCAUCGAGGACCGGUACAACCUUACAAAACCUCUGGGCACCGGUGCCUGUGGCGAAGUACAUCUUGCCAUCGACAAGCGCACCGGUCGCAAGUACGCCGUCAAAAUCAUUUCCAAGCGCAAGUUCACCUCCACCGUGGUAAGCCCGCCGCCCUUCAUGGCCGAGGUUGAUAUCCUUCUCAAAAUCAACCAUCCCAACGUCAUCCACGUACACGACGUGGAGAAUACACCUUCUCACCUGUACAUUGUACUCGAGUUAGCGUCUGGUGGCGAACUCUUUGAUCGCAUCGUCGACAAGGAGAAGUUUUCCGAGGACGUGUCCAAAUUCUACUUCCUGCAAAUGUUGGAUGCGGUCAAGUAUCUUCACGACCAAAACAUUGCUCACCGAGAUCUCAAGCCAGAGAACAUUCUCCUCACCAGCAAGAGUGACGACUCUCUGAUCAAGAUUACGGAUUUCGGACUUGCCAAGCUUGUGGGCCCACAGUCCUUUAUGAAAACCAUGUGUGGCACUCCCAGGCAGCCGCCAGCUCACGGGAAUUAUGUUGCCUGGCAGGGCUACGGUAAAGCCGCUGACAUGUGGAGCUUGGGAGUGAUUCUCUACAUCAUGCUGUGUGGUUUUCCUCCCUUUUCAGAGGAUCUGAGCACUGACCUUAGCCUGGCAGAACAGAUUUUAACGGGGACAUAUACAUUCUUGGAGCCGUACUGGGAUGACAUAAGUGACUCGGCCAAGGACAUGGUGUCCAAGCUCUUGGUGCUGGAUCCUUCCCAGCGGCUGACGGUGGAGGCUGCUUUGCAGCAUCCAUUCCUUCAGGUUUGA